CUCUUUACUGGCUCAAGCAGGUCCCGCGGGCAUGGUUCCAUCGUUUCAGUAGUUUUUUAUUGUCUCAUAAUUUCACAUGCACAUUUUGCUAUGAAGGAUCUUGGUGACCUUCAUUACUUUCUUGGAGUCUAGGCUAAACGUUCUGAUAAAGGUGUGUUUCUCUCUCAACACAAAUAUGUGUGUGAUCUUCUUUCUCGUUUCCACUUACAUACAGUCAAGCCUGUUCACACACCUCUGGCUACCCACACCUCUCUUUGCCUCACUGAUGAUGGAUGACGAACUCCUUGCAGAUGCCACUGAGUAUCGUACUAUGGUUGGUGCGUUACAAUAUUUAACUUUGACACGACCUGAUAUUACCUAUGCUGUACAUUUAGUGUCUCAGUUUAUGCAUGCUCCUCGUACUACUCAUCUUUUUGCAGUCAAGAGAAUUUUCAGGUGUUUACGGGGGACUUUGGAUCAUGGUUUAUGGCUGAGCCCUAAUGCACAUGUGACUUGUGUAAUUGCCUAUUUUGAUGCUGAUUGGGCUGGAUGUCCAGAUUCAUCCCGUUCGACGACUGGUUUUGCUGUCUAUUUAGGGCCGAACUUGGUCUCCUGGAACUCCAAGAAACAACCUACAGUUUCCAAAUCUUCUACAUAGGCCGAAUACAGAGCUGUUGCUUACACAGUACAGGAUACCUUGCAUAUUUGUUCAAUUGUUCCAUUUUAUUUGAGCUUGGUUUUCCUGUCAAGGCUCCUGUUCAGUUAUUUUGUGACAACAUUUCUGCUUCCUACUUGACUGCUAAUCCUGUUCAGCAUGCUCGCAGCAAACAUAUUCAGAUUGACUAUCAUUUUGUCAGGGAACGUGUUGCGCAUGGCGAUUUGAUCGUGAAGUAUAUUCAUACACAGUUGCAGUUGGCUGACAUUUUUACUAAAAGUCUCUCUAGUCAGCAAUUUCAUUUUUUAAAAGACAACCUGCGCGUUGUAUCUCCCGCACAGUUUGAGAGGGUCUAAUAGAAUAUAUUUUAGGUUAUUUGUUACCUAAAAUAUAUUUAGGAAUAUUUGUUUCCUUUUGUAUCUUGAACUCUCUCAUUAUAUAUACACAUGUCAG